CCGGAACACUGGCGUGACGAGAACGGAGAAAUUAGAUUGUGUCAACAAACAGACACAGUCCUCGGCCAAGCAAAUCGACCAGGCAGUUGAGUUCGCAAAUAACCUGGUUCAAAGAAGCUCAAGCUCGGAUAUCAUGCAAAACAACAAGAACUUGGAACAGCGAUUUGAAGAUCUUAACAAGACCGCAGCUCCAGCACUUCCGGUUAGCUCAUUCGUCAAGUUUGUCGCGACUAUUGCACCUGAGAGUUUAAGCCUUGGUUUCGUGGCAACCAGCGAAAUAGAUGUACAUCACUCCACAGUUCAAGGAAUAACUGAAAAUUUCCAAGCUGGUUUAGAAGCAGAGUUUCUCGUCUGUCCUAAAAUAUCUAAAGAAGAACUGACGAGGGGAACUCAACAAAAAUUACACGUUGAAGUUCUCGUGGAACCCGCUGAACAAGAAGGAAGUUUGAUUAUUUGUGGAAAAGAAGAUGGAAAUUUCCAGGUGAAAUGUAUCCCAAAAGCACCAGGCAGGCACAACAUCACAGUAAAGAUAAAUGGCGACAAACUUGCUAACAGUCCCUUGGCUGUCCAGGUGAAGAAACGACAGAUUGAGAUCGUGGGCGAGUUAGAUUUAAAAGGAGAAAUGCCACAAGAUCCAAAGGGGAUUGCUGUUAACAGUAACGGGCUGAUCGCAGUAGCUGACUCGAAAAGACACAGUGUCUUGAUAUACGAUAAGGAAGGAAAGUUUGUGCGAAAACUUGGCUGCUAUGGAGAGAAUCCUGGACAGUUCAACUAUCCACGUGGCGUCACAUACCUGAAUGAUGACGAGAUUCUGGUGGCAGAUGAUCAUAAUCACCGCAUUCAGCAGUUCAAUGUACAGACAGGGAACUUUGUGAAAAGCUUUGGAAAGAAAGGAACAGGAGAGGGCGAGUUUCAGAAUCCAGAAAGCGUUUGUAUGGAUGGUGACGGAAAUGUUGUUGUAGCCGACUACGCAAACAACAGAAUCCAGGUCUUGACAAAGGAUGGUAAACCUGUGUUUAAAUUUGGAGAUAGCGGCGCAGAGAAGCUCAACAAACCCACUGGAUGCAUUCAUCACAAAAACAUGUUCAUCGUAUCUGACUGCAGGAACAAUUCCUUGAACGUAUUUGACAGUUCAGGGAAGUUUUUGUACAAGAUUGGAGAAACAGGCAAGGCUGAUGGACACGUGUCCAGGCCUUGGGGUUUGUGUGUUGAGAAAUAUGGCAAUCGUCAGAAUCUUCUUGUAUGUGACAGAGACAAUGGUCGCAUUCAACAGUUUACAGUGGAAGGUUGUUUUACUGGCAAAACUGUUACUGGACUACAAGAACCAAUUUACAUAGCUACAGCACCAGAUGGUCGCAUUUUGGUUUCUGAUAUCAAAAGCAAAAAAAUAUAUGUCCUAAAAUAAGUGGCAAAAUGAAGUAGAGAACCUUGUCGCAUUUUUGAAGCGAAAGGAGGUUUUUAAAACGCGUUUUGCAUCAAAUUAGUGUUAUACAAAAUCAGUGACAAACUUUUCUUACCAAAAGAAUGAAUCAUUUCUUAAGGUGGAGGAUAAUCUCUUACUCAGAACUCCACAGUCUUAGGCUGUGGCAAGAUCUGGGUACAGACUAGUUAAAACAUACUGACAGUUUGUGUUUUUUAUCGAAUAAGUCUAGUUUAGUUUUAUUGUUUUAAGUGUGUACCACAUAUUAUAAACAAGACAAGGGACAAGUUUUGUCCUUCCUGUUCACGUGUGAUGGUACUCGUAUUCAUAGAUCAAUAUACGUAAUUUGUUAAAGACCAUCAUCUUUCAUUUAGUUUAAAUUCUGUCAGAGUUCCCCUCGAGAGAGAUACUUCUGACAUCGUUGUGAUAUUCUGGUAUCAUUUUGAGUUGAUUAUUCUUAGAGUGUUUAGGAUUUUUAAUAAUUCCAUUUUU